AUGGGAAUCAUCAACAUCGAAGGAAAUAUCCUCGAUCCUCAAAAUCCUGGGCACCUCUAUAUACCUCACCACGCAUUCCAAACCAACUAUAUUCUCGUGGAGCUGAAAGAUGAGAUAGACAAUGAAACGCUUGCAAUUCUGGAAGACAAAAAUGCAGCGAUUAUGCAACGCGUCGACGAGUUUACAUGGCUAGUGUAUUACACACCUUGGGACCUUGAAAAACUGGCAUCAAUCCCGGCUAUCGAGAACGCUUUGGUCUAUCUUGACUACUUCGUGAUAGAGCAGGAUUUGAAAGAUGUUUUGUCUGCUGAGAAAGCGGAGGAAAACAUAUCAGUCGCCAUCGCACUCCAUGCGCCACCUAGCAGUACGAACGCAAGCUUGCUCCGUGAUAGCUAG